ACGAAGACCAACCGCAGUGGGGGAAUCUGUCACUAUAAAAGCACCACUCGGAUAGGCGCCGACGUUUUAUCGUAGACGAAUUUUCCCCCCAUCAACAUCCACACGUUCCGACGACGUUCGACGGUUUCGGAUCACAUCCAUCUCCCGCACACUGUUCCAGAAGCUCUAGCAAAAAUGAAAGUCGCCAUCUGCUUGCUUGCCGUCGUCGCCGUGGCCCUGGCCGCCCCUCAGGAACGGGACGGAGCUGCCCUGACGAACGAAGCGAUCCGACAGGCCCAAUCGCAGCAGCUGAUCCCCCGCGAUGCCACCAUCCAGGGCGUGCAGGAGGGCAUCCAGGUGGCCGCCAUCGAGUCCAUCCCCGGCGACCAGCGCGUCGAUCUGUUCCAGCUGCUCGGCGACCAGGUCCCACGGGAGGUCAUCUCCAAUCUGCAGUCGCAGGUUGACCAGGUCGGACACAACUAAGGCCCUUCGAAGGUCUUCGAAAC